UCCCUCUCUCUCAUUGACCCAAAAUAAUACACCAGUUUUUUCUUACAAAGGGACUUAAAAAUGGAGAAAGCAAUGAACAGACAGAGAGUUCUUCUUAGUCAUUUGCAACCCACUUCAUCUUCUACCUCUCUGUCUCAGACCCAUCAGUCUCUUUGUCUCUCUACUUCAAUUUGUGCGGCUGGGGACAGUGCUGCAUAUCAACGUACAGCUGCUUUCGAUGAUGAUAUCGUGAUUGUAGCAGCUUACCGUACUGCCAUUUGCAAAGCUAAGAGGGGUGGUUUCAAGGAUACGCAUCCUGAUGACUUACUUGGUGAAGUUUUGAAGGCACUGAUAGAGAAAACCAAUGUAAAUCCGAGUGAGGUAGGGGACAUAGUUGUUGGUACAGUUCUAGCUCCUGGAUCACAAAGGGCAACCGAGUGCAGGAUGGCUGCUUUUUAUGCUGGUUUCCCUGAAACGGUGCCCAUCAGAACAGUCAACAGACAAUGCUCGUCUGGUCUGCAGGCAGUUGCUGAUGUUGCUGGUUCCAUCAAAGCAGGGUUUUAUGAUAUCGGCAUUGGGGCUGGGUUGGAGUGCAUGACUUUGGAUAACAUUCAGCCUGUUCCCCCUGUUAAUCCAAGAGCGGAUAGCUUUGCACAAGCCCGUGAUUGUCUUCUUCCCAUGGGCAUCACUUCUGAAAAUGUUGCACAGCGUUAUGGUGUUACACGGCUAGAGCAAGACCUGGCUGCUGUUGAUUCUCAUAGGAAAGCGGCCGCUGCAACAUCAUCUGGCAAAUUCAAAGAUGAAAUCAUCCCAAUUUCUACAAAGAUUGUGGACCCAAAAACUGGUGAAGAGAAGUCUGUCAUAAUUUCAGUGGAUGAUGGAAUUCGACCACAGUCGAACAUUGCAGAUCUUUCCAAGCUAAAGCCUGCAUUUAAAAAGGAUGGGGCCACAACUGCUGGUAACUCUAGCCAACUGAGUGAUGGUGCUGGCGCAGUUCUUCUUACAAAAAGAAGUGUAGCUGUGCAGAAGGGUCUUCCAAUUCUUGGUGUGUUCAGGAGUUUUGCUGCUGUUGGCGUAGAUCCUGCUCUGAUGGGAAUUGGCCCAGCCGUUGCAAUCCCAGCUGCAGUAAAAGCUGCUGGACUAGAACUUGGUAACAUUGACCUGUUUGAAAUUAAUGAGGCAUUUGCAUCCCAGUAUGUUUACUGUUGUAAGAAAUUGGAGCUUGAUCCAGAACAAGUAAAUGUCAAUGGAGGCGCAAUUGCUCUUGGUCAUCCUUUGGGUGCCACAGGUGCCCGUUGUGUUGCUACUCUUUUGCAUGAAAUGAAGCGCAGAGGGAAGGACUGUCGCUUCGGAGUUAUCUCGAUGUGCAUAGGUACGGGUAUGGGAGCUGCAGCAGUUUUUGAGAGAGGAGAUUGUGUCGAUGAGCUAUGCAAUGCUCGAGCAGUUGGUAGUAGCGACCUCUUAUCAAGGGAUGCUCUCUAGAAAUUUAUUGUCAUCUUCAUCAAAAUCAUUUAUGCAUAGCUCUAAAUGGCAGUAAACACAGCUAGCCAUCUUAUGUGGACUGCAAGUUGACAAGUAAACGGAUCAGCUAUAACUUAUGUUUGCAAGAGUGAAUUUAUCAAAAACUUUGAUUGCAAUUUAGUUGUAAAAGAGUGAGAUUUUAGCGAUUGAUAAUAAAAACCCGUAUAUAGAGAAAUAAAACCCAAUAUUUUUGGCAUGAAUGGAAAUUGAGAAGUUUCAUUUUUUUCA